AUGGUUACUGUUGUUUCUGGAAAUGACCAGCGUGAGGGGAAUGCAGUAGCUGUGCUUGAAAGUACUGGCAGCAAAGGAUCUGUGCUAGUAAAUGGAACGCUCGUCAAGAAGAGUACCAGCUGUGUGCUUAACUCGGGUGAUGAGGUGGUUUUUGGUUUGCUGGGAAAUCAUGCUUAUGUUUUUCAACAACUGCAUCCUGAAACCGCAAUUAAGGGUGCAGAAGUUCAGAGUGGUGGUGGGAAGUUACUGCAGAUUGAAAAGAGAACAGAGAGUGAGCUUGAUGGCAUGGAAGGCAACUCAACUCCAAAUGAAGGGAUUGACAAAGCCACUGAUACUGGAGCAAGCGACAAGAAUUCUCCUAUGGAUUGCGAUCCAGAUGAUGCAGUCAUAGAGGCAGGCAAUGUGUUGGAAGAAAGAAACGGAGCGAGGGAUACACAAGCUGCAUCAUCUUCGGGUACAUCUGUGUUAGAGGGACUAAUGUGUUCCGUUUUCAAAACCUCCAUCCCACUUACUUGCCACGUGGGAACGCCGAUGAGCCAGGUCAGCAUAGGGGGAGCCAGCUCAGCGUUUUUCAUCUGCUCUGAGGGUGGCUCAUGGACGGAGGGACUGAUCGGUCUUAAUUUAAGGAACGUCAGGGAUUUAAAUGUAUUUUCCAAUGCUCAGGGACGAAAAUGUCCGCGAGUUAAAAGGGGACGUGUUGUCAACCUACUUGCAUGUAUGCAGAAGAUAAUGCAUGUUUUGAAAACCGUUAUACAACAGGUAAAUAUUUCUGUAUUACUCUUUGUUGGUCCCGAGAGACAGAGGAGGCUAGAUUAG